AUGGGAGUCAACGGUUUGCUACAGCACCUAAAGGAGAUUCAGGAUCCGUGCUCCUUGGAACGAUAUCGCGGCAAGACCUUGGCCAUAGACACAUAUGGGUGGUUGCAUCGCGCGUUGGUAUCGUGUGCCGAGGACCUUUGCUUAGGUAGACCAACACGCAAAUACGUUACAUACAUCAUCAACAAGAUCCAAAUGUUGCAGCAUUUUGGCGUCACUCCAUUCUUUGUAUUUGAUGGUGCCUCAUUGACAACCAAAGGAGAAACAAAUCUUAAGAGACGUGAGAUGAGAUGUGAAGCCAAAAAAUUGGCGGAAAAGUAUGCUGGAUCGGGACAUUUGCAGUUGGCAUAUAAAGAGUACAUGAAGGCAGCGUACGUCACUUCUCAAAUGGCCAAACUGAUCAUGUGUGAAUUGGAUGUGAUGAAAAUACAGUAUGUCGUAGCGCCAUAUGAAGCAGAUCCACAAAUGGUUUAUUUGGAAAAAAUCGGUAUUGUUGAUGGGAUCUUGAGUGAAGAUUCAGAUUUGCUUAUAUUUGGCUGUAAUAAGCUAAUAACUAAACUAAAAGACGAUUCAAGCUGUGUUGAAAUUAAUCGACACGAUUUUGAAAAAGUUCGACAAAUUCCUUAUUUGGCCACUUAUACCAGCGAACAAUUGAGAUUAGUUGCAAUGCUCUCUGGUUGUGACUACACAAAAGGUGUACCUGGAGUUGGCCUUAAAUCUGCAUUUCAAAUGGUACGAAGGUAUCGUACUUUGCAUAAAGUCACAAUUGCACUAAGAUCCACGGGCAAGAAAAUACCGGCUGAUUUCGAGCACGAAGUGCUCAAGGCCGAUUUAGCAUUUCAAUUUCAAAAAGUUUUUGAUCCAAGGAGACAAGUGCUCACUACGUUGAACGAAGUUCCAGAGCCGAUUUCUGAACAAGUAGAAUUACUUGAAUCAUGUUGCGGUAAGACUCUUGAAGCAGAAUUGGUGAAGAAGGUGUGUAAUGGAAAAGUUGAUCCCAAUUCACAUGAGACACUUGUAUCUCGAGAACAAAGCAUCAAUUUGUUAAAGUCCGUUUCAGUUAAAGUGAAUGCAACCUCCUCUGAGACACAAGUAGCGAUACGGUCUCAAUCUGAACCUGUUGUUAAAAGUCAAAGAAAAUCUGUUUUGGAUAUGCUCAAGGUUUCCAAGCACGUUGCGAAACCUACCGGGCUAAUCAACGAACCAACUCAGAGGGACAACACCCAGAUUAACAAAAAUAAAAUACCAACAUUGAAACGCCCGCUACCCGUGAAUGAAGCACCACGAAAGAAAAAAGUAUCACCAACCUCGAAUAAGAUUCGCAAAUUGCAAGGUAGUAUCAGUGGUGAAUCCGGUGUAACCAGCAAGUUCUUCGCUGCACAAUCAACAACACAUGAAAACCCAGAAUUACCUACUCCUAAAUCAGAUUGUGAUUUGUCUGAAUGGAAUUCAAGCUUACUUGAUGAUUCAGAAGUGCCUGAUGAGUCACCAAUCAAGAACCUUGACACGGGAAACAUUUUGGAUGAGUUGACCGAAGAUGACAACGACAUGGGGGAUAAGCAGAGUGCAACCGAUGAGGAAAACGUCAGUAUUGAUUUUGAUCCAGUCGUUGACUCAUUGAAUUCGGAUCCAGCGACCCGACAUAAAACAUCUUAUCCUCCUUUAGAAGAUGAUGAUGAGAAUGCCAAGUUUGACCUUUCUUCCAAAGAUGAUGAAAUAGAGGAGUCCCCGGUCAAGCGAAGGGUGUCCUUCAAAGUACACAAGGAUAUGGCAGUUGAAAAUCUUCGACUGAAGUUUCAAUUUCUGCCUGCAAAACUCGCUAAAUUCACCGAUCCAACCAAGAGUCAAGCAACGACGAACAUUAAGUUGGAUAGGAUGCAUUCAAGACCAGCGUUGACGGAUAAGAGCACAAACAUUUCUCAUCUGAGCACAAAGGGGAUAUUAAAAAAACCAGCAACCACUCUCUGUGGUAUAUCCAAGUCAGCUAUGCAUGGCAAGGCUGUCAAGUUUGCAUCGAACAAUUCAUUCCCCAAAGUUCAAAUUGCAUCCAGUCAAGAGGAUGAGUUUGAAAUUAGUGAAGAUGAGAUUAGUCCAAAGAGGUUCCCCAAGAGACGAACUCCCUUUAUCGAUCUCAAACAAUUUGCAUUUAGAAAAUAG